AUUCCUAUUUUCGAGGCAUACUAUUGUGCAAAUCCCAUUAUAAUGGAUUUCUGCAUCAUAUUACUUAAGAAUAAGAUUUUUCUUUAUCUGUGCUUUCAGGGGAUCUUUCCUGCUAACUAUAUUCACUUGAAAAAGGCACUUGUCAGUAACAGAGGACAGUAUGAAACAGUAGUUCCACUUGAAGAUUCUGUUGUGACUGAAGUCACAGCAACAGUUCAGGAAUGGGCUGUACUCUGGAAACAGCUGUAUGUGAAGCAUAAGAUAGAUCUUUUCUACAAACUGCGCCAUGUGAUGAAUGAACUCAUUGACCUACGGAGACAACUACUGUCAGGUCACUUGACACAGGAUCAGGUGCGAGAGGUCAAAAGACAUCUUACAGUGCGACUAGACUGGGGUAAUGAGCACUUAGGCCUGGAUCUAGUUCCUCGGAAGGACUUUGAGGUGGUGGAUUCAGAUCAGAUCAGCGUCUCAGAUCUUUAUAAGAUGCAUUUAUCAAGUAGGCACAGUGUCCAACAAAGCACAACACAGGUGGAUACAAUUCGACAACGUCAUGGGGAAGCUUGCCGUAUGCCAGUGCCUCACCACUUCUUCGUUAGUCUAAAGAGCUUCACCUAUAACACUAUUGGGGAGGACACCGAUGUCUUCUUCUCUUUAUAUGAUGUUCGAGAGGGCAAGCAGAUCAGUGAGCGGUUUCUGGUGAGGUUGAACAAGAAUGGAGGCCCCAGGAAUCCAGAGAAGAUAGAACGAAUGUGUGGCCUUUUCACAGAUCUCAGCAGCAAGGACAUGAAGAGAGACUUGUACAUAGUUGCUCAUGUCAUUCGAAUAGGUCGCAUGCUUCUAAAUGAUUCCAAAAAGGGUCCCUCCCACCUACAUUAUCGUCGCCCCUAUGGCUGUGCAGUAUUGAGCAUCAUGGAUGUACUUCAAUCAAUCUCUGAAUUAAAGGAAGAAAAAGACUUUGUUCUCAAAGUUUACACGUGCAACAAUGAAAAUGAAUGGUAUCAGAUCCAUGAAAACAUUAUACGCAAGUCUAGCACCAAGUACUCGGCACCCAGCUCAAACUAUGGACUUAUAAUUUCUCUACAGCUUCUUCGUGGGGACAUGGAGCAGAUUCGAAGGGAGAACCCCAUGAUAUUUAACAGGGGGGUGUCUGUUACCAGAAAACUUGGUUUCCCUGAUGUCAUAAUGCCAGGUGAUAUACGUAAUGACUUGUACCUGACAUUGGAAAAGGGGGAUUUUGAGAGAGGUGGGAAGAGUGUGCAGAAGAACAUUGAAGUGACCAUGUAUGUUCUUUAUGCAGAUGGAGAGAUUCUGAAGGACUGUAUCAGUUUAGGCUCAGGAGAGCCAAACAGAAGCACAUACCAUUCUUUUGUCCUCUACCACAGUAACAGCCCUCGUUGGGGGGAAAUUAUCAAGCUACCCAUUCCUAUAGACAGGUUUCGUGGGUCUCACCUCCGCUUUGAGUUCAGGCAUUGCUCCACUAAAGACAAAGGUGAAAAAAAGCUUUUUGGCUUUGCAUUCACUCCUCUGAUGAGGGAUGAUGGUACCACCCUGUCAGAUGAUAUCCAUGAACUUUAUGUUUAUAAGUGUGAUGAGAACAGCACAUUUAAUAAUCAUGCUCUGUACCUGGGGCUGCCCUGCUGCAAAGAGGACUACAAUGGCUGCCCUAACAUCCCUUCUAGCCUCAUUUUCCAGCGUAGCACCAAAGAGACCUUCUCAAUCUCCACCCAGCUCUCCUCCACCAAACUCACCCAGAACGUGGACUUGCUUGCCCUCUUAAAAUGGAAAGCUUACCCAGACCGUGUAAUGGAUAUCCUAGGAAGACUGAGGCAUGUCAACGGGGAGGAAAUUGUUAAGUUUCUGCAAGACAUUCUAGACACAUUGUUCGUAAUUUUGGAUGACAACACAGAAAAGUAUGGCCUGUUAGUCUUUCAGUCUCUGGUGUUCAUCAUAAAUCUGCUACGUGACAGCAAAUACUUCCAUUUUCGACCUGUUAUGGACAUGUACAUUCAGAAACACUUUGCGGGAGCACUGGCUUACAAAGAACUGAUCCGAUGUUUGAAAUGGUACAUGGACCGGUCAGCUGAGCUUAUACGGCAAGAUCAUAUCCAGGAAGCAAUGAGGGCUUUGGAAUAUCUUUUCAAGUUCAUUGUCCAAUCUCGGAUCCUUUACUCCAGAGCUACUUGCGGAAUGGAAGAGGAACAAUUUCGUGCCAGUAUCCAAGAGCUAUUCCAGUCCAUCAGAUUUGUUCUCAGCUUGGACAGCAGGAGUUCAGAGACUCUCAUCUUCACACAGGCUGCUUUGCUGAAUUCCUUUCCUGCAAUCUUUGAUGAGCUAUUACAGAUGUUCACAGUGCAGGAAGUAGCAGAGUUUGUGAGGGGAACUCUAGGAAGCAUGCCUAGUACUGUGCACAUCGGACAGUCAAUGGAUGUAGUUAAGCUGCAAUCUAUAGCACGCACUGUGGACAGCCGCCUGUUUUCUUUCUCGGAAUCCCGACGAAUCUUGCUCCCUGUGGUUCUUCAUCACAUUCACCUUCAUCUGAGACAGCAGAAGGAGUUACUCAUCUGCUCUGGGAUACUCAGUAGUAUCUUCUCCAUUAUCAAGACCAGCUCUGUGGAGGCAGAUGUAGUGGAGGAGGUUGAGAUGAUGGUGGAGAGCCUCCUGGAUGUACUUUUACAGACUCUGCUUACUAUCAUGAGUAAAUCACAGUCUCAGGAGGCGGUAAGAGGGCAGCGUUGCCCGCAGUGCACAGCCGAAAUCACUGGAGAGUAUGUGUCCUGUCUCUUGUCUCUGCUUCGUCAGAUGUCAGACACACAUUUUCAACAUUUACUGGACAACUUCCAGAGCAAGGAUGAGCUAAAGGAAAGUACAUUUGCCUACAGCUGCCACUGCUCCUUAUUCUCUUCUUUCUGUGUUGUGUUUCGAAAUCUGAUGAAGAUGAGUGUCUUUCCCCGGGACUGGAUGGUGAUGAGGUUACUCACCAGCAACAUCAUAGUUACAACAGUCCAGUAUCUGUCCUCUGCCCUGCACAAGAACUUCACAGAAACAGACUUUGAUUUUAAGGUGUGGAACUCCUAUUUCAGCUUGGCAGUUCUGUUUAUAAACCAGCCAAGCCUACAGCUAGAAACUGUCACUCCAGCUAAGAGAAAGAAGAUUUUGGACAAAUACGGUGAUAUGCGAGUGAUGAUGGCAUAUGAGUUGUUCAGCAUGUGGCAGAAUCUGGGUGAACAUAAAAUUCACUUUAUUCCGGGAAUGAUUGGCCCCUUUCUUGGUGUCACGCUGGUCCCCCAGACAGAGGUCCGCAACAUCAUGAUCCCCAUCUUUCAUGACAUGAUGGACUGGGAGCAGAGGAAAAAUGGCAACUUCAAACAGGUGGAAGCUGAGUUGAUUGAUAAGCUGGACAGCUUGGUUUCAGAAGGAAAAGGAGAUGAGAAUUACAGGGAGCUCUUCAGCCUGCUAACCCAACUCUUUGGGCCCUACCCCAGCCUGCUCGAGAAGGUUGAACAAGAGACAUGGCGGGAGACUGGCAUCUCUUUUGUUACAUCAGUUACUCGCCUCAUGGAGCGUCUCCUUGACUACAGGGACUGCAUGAAAGGAGAUGAAACAGAAAACAAGAAGAUUGGUUGCACUGUUAACCUGAUGAACUUUUAUAAAUCUGAAAUUAAUAAGGAAGAGAUGUAUAUCCGCUAUAUCCACAAGCUAUGUGACAUGCACUUACAGGCUGAGAACUAUACUGAGGCUGCAUUUACAUUGCUUCUGUACUGUGAGCUGCUUCAGUGGGAGGACAGACCUCUGCGAGAGUUCCUGCACUAUCCCUCCCAGACAGAGUGGCAGCGAAAGGAGGGGUUAUGCCGGAAGAUUAUUCACUACUUCAACAAAGGGAAGAGCUGGGAGUUUGGAAUACCAAUAUGCAGAGAGCUGGCCAUUCAAUAUGAGAGUCUGUAUGAUUAUCAGAGCCUCAGCUGGAUUCGGAAAAUGGAAGCUACCUAUUAUGAUAACAUCAUGGAACAGCAGCGCUUGGAACCUGAGUUUUUCAGAGUUGGUUUUUAUGGCCGGAAAUUUCCUUUCUUCUUGCGGAACAAGGAGUAUGUAUGUCGGGGCCAUGACUAUGAAAGGCUGGAGGCCUUCCAACAAAGAAUGCUGAGUGAGUUCCCUCAAGCCAUUGCAAUGCAGCACCCAAACCACCCAGAUGACACCAUUUUGCAAUGUGAUGCUCAGUAUUUGCAGAUAUAUGCAGUGACGCCCAUCCCAGACAGUGUUGAUGUGCUACAAAUGGAUCGUGUCCCUGAUCGCAUAAAGAGCUUUUAUCGCGUCAACAACAUUAGGAAAUUCCGCUACGAUAGGCCUUUCCACAAAGGCCCAAAGGACAAAGAGAAUGAAUUUAAGAGCUUGUGGAUUGAGCGUACCACUCUGACACUGACUCACAGUUUGCCUGGGAUCUCUCGGUGGUUUGAAGUGGAGAGAAGAGAGCUGGUUGAGGUGAGCCCUUUGGAAAAUGCCAUUCAAGUUGUGGAGAACAAAAACCAGGAGCUGAGGACACUGAUAAGCCAGUAUCAGCACAAGCAAAUGCAUGGCAACAUUAACCUCCUCAGCAUGUGUCUGAAUGGAGUGAUUGAUGCAGCAGUGAAUGGUGGAAUAGCACGGUACCAGGAGGCCUUUUUUGAUAAAGAUUAUAUCACCAAGCACCCAGGAGACGCCGAAAAAAUCACUCAGCUCAAGGAGCUCAUGCAGGAACAGGUGCAUGUUCUUGGAGUGGGUCUGGCAGUACAUGAGAAAUUUGUACAUCCAGAGAUGCGUCCCCUGCAUAAGAAACUGAUUGAUCAGUUCCAAAUGAUGCGAUCUAGUCUGUACCAUGAGUUGCCUGGUUUGGAUAAGUUGAGUCCAGCCUGUUCUGGUACCAGCACCCCACGCAGCAGUGUUCUUGUGUCCCACAGCCCGAUGAGCCCAGAGAGCAUCAAGCUGGUGCAUCGACACAGCCCACUGAACUUGCUGGGUUCAGUGCGACACUCGUCAUCCUCUCUCUCCUCACAUACUUCCAGUGAAACAGGAAACCUGGUUAUCCUAACAGACAGUUCUGUAGGGGAGACCGCUGAGGACAUGUACCACAUGCAGGCCAGCCCUUCCACCUCAAGCCUGAGCUCUACCCACUCUGCACCAUCCCAGAUGAUUAACUCUGCACCUCCCAGUGCACGAGGCUCUCCCUCUCUACCAGAUAAGUACCGCCACACUCGGGAGCUGAUGAUGCUGAUGCCAACCCACCGGGACCGACCGAGCAGUGCCAUGUAUCCUGCAGCUAUCAUGGAAAAUGGACAGCCUCCAAAUUUUCAGCGCGCCUUGAUUCAGCAAGUGAUUGGACCAUGCAAACCUUGCAGUGAUCCCAACCUAUCUGUUGCUGAGAAAGGUCACUACUCACUGCACUUUGAUGCCUUCCACCACCAGCUCAGCGAUGCCCCUCCAGCACUGCCUGCACGGACAUUACGCAAGUCUCCUCUUCAUCCAAUCCCUGCAUCACCCACAAGUCCCCAGUCCGGCCUGGAUGGAAGUAACUCCACUCUGUCAGGCAGUGCCAGCAGUGGUGUGUCCUCCUUAAGUGAGAGUAACUUUGGACACUCAUCUGAGCCCCCUCCUCGCACAGACACCAUGGAUUCUGUCCCUAGUCAGGCCUGGAAUACUGAUGAAGACUUAGAGACGCCCUACCUCCCUGUCAGGUACAGUCUCUCUGAACCUGAUGUUCUGGAGUCACUCAAAUCCCAGCCAUGUCGAAGCCACUCUGCUCCAUCCGGAGUCAUUCCUCAGGACACUAUGGACCCUCCAGCUCUCCCCCCAAAACCAUACCAUGCUCGGCUCCCAAACAUGGAGAAUGAAGAGGAUAUUAUGUUGAUGAUGGAAGAGGAAGACAAACACCGGCCACUGCAUCGUAAAGUCUCCCAACCCACUAGUGGUGGAAAGGAGGAGCAGGCCAGGGUAGCAUGGGAGCAUGGCAUCAGUGAGCAGUAAGCAGGGAAGGAGCUUGUGUAAUAAUUCCAUGACUGACAAAAAGAAAAGAUGUAGAAGUUCAGGAUUCAGAGGAGAGAACAAUGAUCCAAUUCUUUACUUUCUACUGCCAUGAGUAAAUGUCUGGAGCCCAUACAGAGCUUGGGCCGGCAUGUGAGGUUGCUGCUUUCCUUUUUAUUGCAUUUGAUACUUUCCAGUUUUAUGUUAUUUUUAAUUUUUUGUGUGUGUGCAGUGGGCGCUUUAUUCCUUCUGCAGUUUAUCAGACCACACAAAGUGGCCUGUAAGCUGUUAGCCAUAGAGACUUGCAAAAACUGAAAAGAACUGGAAUACUGAAGGGGGGAUGUGGCGAGUGGUUUUGAAAAGCUUUCCUCCCCAUUUUGAGACGCACACAAAUAGAAGCAGUUGCACUAGGGAUAUGUUUCUUUGCUGUAUAGAAGAGAAAGCUCAUUGCUGAAUUCAGGGAUUCCCAUGAACUGUCAGGCUGGAAGGUGUAUUCACCGCAGGCAAUGGAACUUGGCUGUUCUACGAAGAAACUGAUUCUUCCAGGUGUGUAACCAUAAACAGCUUUACAGUAGUCUCCUGCAUUGACUCAUUGGGAUUAGACGAUCUAAUCAAUGCUGACAGGCUUCCAUAGUGAUUUUUGAGGUAUUACUUCAAACAAACUCUGCCUCCUUUAGGUUUUUGUGGACAUGUACUUUGGUUUUCAUGUUUUUGUUCCUUAAUUUCAUUUUUUAUGGAGUAAGCCAGCCUGCUUUUCCAUUGGAGUCGUGGUCCAUAUCCAUCUUCACUGCAGGGUAAAAGAGGGUUAUGUAGCUUGGGAUUGCAGGCCAAUUCUGAGCCUCUUCUCAUGCCUAGCUCUUGGCAAGUGGUUGUCACCAGCACUUUUAUUCCAGUCAAGGAACCAGUUGAGUGGCUUGUGCCGUGACAACUUGAUAAUUCAGCAAGUCAGAAGAGAAGGCUUGAAUACAUCAUAUCCAAUCCUUGCUUCAGGAUUGAAAGUCUGCACAAUCCACCCCAACAUCUAUCACUUGGGAGCGGAGGCUCAUUAACUGUGUAUGAUACUGUAAUAGCUUAUGUGCCCCUCUGAAACAUUUCACUGCUGCUGAUGCACAAUGCCUCCAUCUCUCCCUGCAUACAGGAAACUAUGAGCUGGGUAGCAUGCACUCCAGAUUCAGGGAUUUCAAGGUGAACUGUAAGGGGUAGGGGGUAUGUUUGUUACCUUCCUUGCCUCUUUGUGAUAUGUUAAAGAAGGCUUGAAAAGGUUUUCUCAUUUUAUUGAGAGGU